AUGGGGAAGUGGUCCGAGGGUGUGGGUAUGUCUAGGACACGCAGUUGUUUGAUGUAUUCAGCGCCUCCUAGAUUCAUCCAGAUUAAGUCAAUCACCGAUUUACCGGUCGCAGAGCAGAAGGUGAAGUUAGCAGAUCAUAAAUAUUCAGCCAGUAAUAAACCUCUCGAUUGUUCACGAUCACGCCGUACUCCAAAGAAAGGAGCAGAAGCUAGUCCGACAACAACUUCGGGAGAGGAUAGCAGCCGGAGAGAUGAAUUUGAAGAUUGUCAAUCGAAAUGUUCAACCGAUCAUAGUUCAGAGUCAUCAUAUUACUUUAGCUUCGACUUCAAGAACUUCAACAGCUUAAGCUUAAGCUCUUCUGAAAGUACACUAUGUGAUCAACGGGAAGAGUUCAGGAGAUCGGGUGGAGGUGUACUGAUUGUAUGCAGGAUUACACUGAAUGUAGCACCUUUAGGAUUUGAUAUUAUCCUUCAACUCUUCCCCCAGGUUGAGAUCGGUACUUUGGCUGACACAUCUCAGAAUGUUUCAUUUGUAUCUGAGCGUCUCGUAAAGGCUAAAUCAGAUGAAUCAUUAAUCAGUAUAACUUCUUCCAUGAACCCUCAUAUGUGUAAAGUAAAAUCUCGUUCUUUAGAACUUCUUACUGGAAUAGCAACAUGGAACACUCAACCUCAAAUUGUAGAACUAAUUAAAGGAGAAAAAGGACUAGGAUUUUCAAUUCUAGACUAUCAGGUAAUACAAAAUAUUCUACAACUUUAUAUCAGGAGAAAAAUUAUCGUGGACGACUAUUAUCAUAUUAAUACUUGGAUUAUUUUUCAGAAUCAUAAACAGAAUCUUGACGAUUCAGCUAACUCUUCUCUUCUUAAUUUGCCAGACGAUCAACAAAUUCAAUCUCCUAUUACUGAAUCAAACGUUGAAGUUUUGUCCUCACUGCCAGAAGCCGCCGAUGAAUCAAUUAAUAUUGCUGAUAUCGCCGUAGUUUGUGAAGAAGAUUUCGACAUCUUAUUAAAAAAUAUGGAGAUUAAUAUUAGAUCUACGCUCCAUAAAGAAGAGCAGAACCAAAAAAUCUAUCGAGUAAAUCAGAUGCUGAAUGACAUUAAUAAUCAUGAAAACAAUUUUGGUGUUGCGUCAAAAGUUGGAGAUUUAUCAAUUUACUUGAGCCGAUCUCGUGGACGCAAUCGAGGUCGAAAAAAUCGAGUUAUCGGUCUACCAGCUAGUAAAAGAAACUACUCUAUAAAAUCAUUUGAUGAAUUGAGAGAAGGUCAGAAAAAAAAGUACAUUUUAAAGCUAAUGUUCGAUGAUGAAGAUUUUAUUGAGGAUAUUAUUUUACGUAUGAAAAAAAUUGAGUUGUCAAACUUGAAUUAUGUACAAUUGAAUAUGCCUGACGCUUUAAGUAGUGAAACUAUUAACCUAAAUAUAGUCCAAGUUUAUUUUGAAGAUGAUGCUUUCCAACACUUAAAUAAAUUGAUUAAAUUGAAACGUCAUAACAACACUAACUGGACUUGUUACAGUUGCAAAAAUAAUUUGGAUACUGACGACAGUGUUGAAUGUGACAAAUGUUUAUUUUGGAACCAUUGGGCAUGUGUUGAGUUGACGGAAGCACCACUUAACGAUUGGUUCUGCCCUAAGUGUAAACUUGAAAAUAAUAAUUAAAUUUUCUGUAAAGAUUUUUUUAUAAAGUCCUUAAAGAUGUUAGCCUUUAAAUUUAUAAAAUUAAAAUUUAACAACGUUACUUUAACAAAAAUUUUUAUUACGUAGAGCCUACAUUGCAGUUGGUACGAAAAUUUAAUUGGUUAAUUUCAUACAUCUAAGAACUGAUGAUUACUGCCUUGCAAUAGAAUUUAUUAAGUUGCAUUUAUAAUAUUAAAUUACUCUAUUUUUCAAAGAU